CCCCGAAUGUCCUAGUUCGUAAACCAAUGGAGGCUUUAGUAAAAAUAGACCAAUGAACAGCUAGAAUAAAGAUAUUUUGUCCAAUCGUAAGCCAGUAAAUCGGAGCGUGUUGGAUUACAUUACCAAGAUGGCGGCGACGGGUGGCGUUCUUGGAUACCGGACACAACAUUGAUUUUUUAGUAAACGCCCAACGCUCGCCUGGUUCCUGAGAAACUGAAGACCAGAGAUGGGGAAGAAAAAGAAGGGAGGAGGAAAGAAGGGGAAGAAAGGGAAGAAGAAGUCUGGAAAGGGAGGAGGGGAGGAGUCCAUGUCCCUUCGAGAGGCCAUCCUGGCUUUCCAGAUUGAAGUGAAAAACAAGGCAGUGGAAGAGUUUGUUGCGGAAAUCAACGGUCUGGAGGACAAGAACAGAAGGCACAAAGAAAGGAAUAACCGACUUAAAGAUGAGCAGGCCCUGCACAUCCGGACGCUCCUUAAGCAGGCUAAGGAGCGAGACAAGGAGCUUGAGCAGGAGACGGUGGUGGGGCGGGAGAAGGUGGACUCCACCAUGAAGGACAAGUGGAAGGCUAUUAGGAACGAGGACAGAUCUGUGGAGGAUCUUAAGACAGAGAUUGAGGAGAAGGAGAAGGAGCUAGCAGACCAGCUGAAGGUGGUGGAGUACUGGAGGAAGUACCGGGAUGAGGGGCAACAUGAGCACGCCAAGCAGAUCAAACUACUGGAGCAGGAGCUUCAGGACAUGCAGGUGAACUUUGACGAGAUGUCCAGCCACCUGCAGCGAUCCUUAGACCUGGCCAAGGAGAAGAUUUCUAACUACAUGGACCUGACCUUACAACAGCAGAGGGAAAAUGCCUCUGAGAGAGCCAUGACUCACCUGGACAAACACAGUGCUCAGGAGGUGAAGGACAACGACUGGCUGAAACAUGAGGCUGAGCUGCACAGAGGUGAAGUCAGGACGCUGAGGAAGUUUGUAGAAGUUCUGGAGAAGGAAAACCUGACCAUUCUGAGUCAGCUGUUUGAGUGUAGGAUAGAAGAUCUGAAAAUUUCCAGGAAUUUCUACCUGACCCAGUUCAGUGACAGUGAUGCGUUAGUCGACCAGACAGGAAUGUUGGAGAUGGACCUGGCACAGCUGGCCAUCGGGAAAACUCCUGUGGACAAACUCAGACCAGAGUAUGGUAGCGAGUCCUCAAGCUCUGAAGCAGCUAAGCCCAGUCAGGAGGACGUUGCCUCGGGCCUGACGGCCACGCCUGCCAGUCAGAAGAGAUGGCCUGUCACUCAGGAGAUGAUGCAGACUGUGCUGUCAGAAUAGAUGCUGUAGUAAACCACUGGUACACCUACAUGUACAUGUAUACACCUUUCUCACACGGCGGCCAUGAUAUAUCUAAAACGAGUCCAAUGAGGCAAACAAAAGACUGUCCAUCAUAAUAAGUAGUUCAACCAAUGAUAGCGUGGAAAUUAGAAAAUUGACCAAUAAGAGAAUGGCUGCAUGUCCGUCAAAUAUUUGCAUUAUUAUGUUUUUAUUUUGCAUCUCUUAAAGGAAUAUGGGAUCAGUACGCGAGUCUAACUUGCUAUAUAUUUCACUGCAUAACACUGGCCAUGAUAUGUAUUAUUUGAUCUUAUAUUGUGAAAAUUGGUGUGGUCUGGGGAAGAACUAAAUGGGAGCUGAUUUUAGAAAUAAGUUUUGUCUGUUUGCUUCAUUGACCUCGUCUUCAAUCUAUCAUGGCCACCGCGUGAGAAAGGUGUAUUGAUAUCUACCUUCUGGGUUACAUAUACAAUGUAUACGCGACUUCCUUCGACCCCCGAUCAGUUUACACGUACAUAAACCAUUAUGCCUUCUUGAAGAGAAUUCAACUCUAAGGAAUGUCUAUAGAAUUUUUUUUCAGUUUGACAGAUAUAUGUAUCUCUGUAAGUAGAUGUCAUGGAAGACUUUCAAAAAGGUUUUUCUAGGAAGGAAAAAGGCAAAGAAGUCUGCUGAAAAACAGCAAACAUCUGAAGUACCCUUAAACCAUAUGACCAGAAAUGCUGAAAUACACAUAGUUUCAGUAUUAUGAGCUGUUGUUUCUUAUUGAACAUUGGUAUUGUGAUACCUUUUGAAAGUUUCAUGUAAAUGUUACAUAUUUGAGUACACCAAAUGAUGUAAAUAGGGACACUAUGAAUACACCUCUGUUGAGUUGAAAUGUAAUUAAGGGUGUUAAAGGGCUUGUAACUUUGUUGUUCAAAGAUGGGCAUUUUUUGUUGUAGAUUUGUAAAUUUGUAGAAUGCUCCAUGGUAUCCAACACACAUAGGAAAACUACUUAAUACUUAUAGAGGUCAUCAGAAAAGUUUCUGUAUAUAUCAGAUGGUUGUAUGUAUAUUCUCUCCUUCACUCUAAAUCACAGAUUAAAGUAUUUUUUAACAGGUAAAUGUUUUGUAGAUACUCAGAAAGAUAUUAUCAUUAAAUUCCACACUUCACCCCAUUUC